UUUAAAUAAAGAUUUGAAGGGGAGGGUGCGUGUUUGUUGCAGACGUUCGGGGAUUUCACAGGCGGAGAAGAAAGGUCGACGCGUACAGUUAAUAGGCUGCUUCUUUAUAUUUGUGUUUGAAGUACACUAAAGGAUAAAUAAACGAUGGCGGAAAGCGACUGGGAUACCGUGACUGUUUUGAGAAAGAAGGGUCCUACCGCAGCGCAGGCAAAGUCUAAACAGGCCGUCACAGCCGCCCAGAGACGCGGGGAAGCGCUGGAAACCUCCAAAAAAUGGGCAGCGGGGCAGAACAAGCAGCACCUGGUGACAAAGAAUACAGCCAAGCUGGACCGUGAGACGGAGGAGCUGCACCAUGAGAGGGUCACCCUGGAAGUGGGGAAAGUCAUUCAGCAGGGUCGGCAGGACAAGGGUCUGACGCAGAAAGACCUGGCCACUAAAAUCAACGAGAAGCCCCAGGUGAUCGCCGACUAUGAAUGUGGGCGGGCCAUUCCAAAUAACCAGGUGAUGGGGAAGAUUGAGAGGGCCAUCGGCUUGAAGUUGCGAGGCAAGGACAUUGGGAAGCCCCUUGAGCCUGGGCCCAAAAAGCAAUGAAUACAAAGCCUCGAAGUCAGCCCACCCCCCACCCCGACCAACAUCACCUACCUUCCAUCCCCUCAUUCCCCCAAUCUGGGCUGAUCCCACCUGGUUCUUGCAGCUGGACCAUGGUGCACCAUCUCAUUGCCAUGCUGUGGAAUGAGAAGCUUUAUCUAAAUACAUCAAAUAAAUGCAUCGAAUAACGAAAUUCCCAAGUGCUAAUGCUUUAAAUCUUGGUUGAAACUUUAACGACUUAAAUUAACAUGAUUGUGGGACUUGGGUGAGAUUUUCAUUGUCUUUCCCCCCAAGACAUUUCAGGCAUGCUGUGCUUUCUCCUCCUUUCUACUUAAUGGAGUCAUGAUUUCAGCUGACUUGAUGCAUUUUUAAGUUGUACCUUUGUACUUAAAAUAAAGAUUGAAGCAUUUGGCAGUUUAA